UAGGCGCGGCCAGCUGGUAUAAGGACACUGUCUAAGAGAUGAAGGCACGUUUUCCUCUUUGCGACACACACCGACGGACAAGUAUGGAGGGGAAACUUAUGUGUUUAGCGUCUCUGGCGCUGUUGGCAUUCGGCCACAGUGUUGAUGCCCAACGUUAUUACAAUUACAAUCCACGUGGUUACUACGGACGCAACUUGUAUGAGCAUGGAAGGUCCAUCUCAGACGAGCUCGUCAAGUGCGGUCCGAGUACUUGCGGAGUAGGAGCGCACUGCACUCACGGCAGCGUGAGGCCUGUAUGCGCGUGCCUGCCAGGUUACUCCGGAGACCCGCUGUCCCAGUGUGUGAAAAUCGAAUGCGUUGACAACAGCGAGUGUCGUGGACAUCAAUCUUGUGUCAACCAACAUUGUAUCAAUCCAUGUGAAGGAGCUUGUGGAGUCCACGCCAAUUGUGAGGUCCGUCAACACGUUCCAGUAUGCUCUUGUCCCGCCGGAUAUACCGGAAACCCCUUCACUGCAUGCCGCAUUGCUGAUCCUGAAGAAGCAUGUCACCCGUCUCCCUGCGGACCAAACACCAAGUGUCAUGUUGCCAAUAACCAGGCUAUUUGCACCUGCCUUCCUGGAUACCGGGGUAGUCCAUUAAAUGGCUGCAGACAUGAGUGCGACUCCGACAGUGACUGCGGCACGCAACAGUCUUGUCGCGACUUCAAGUGCGUCAGUCCUUGUAAGGAUUGCGGAGUUAACGCAGACUGUGAGACUGUCGCCGCGCACCGAGCCGUCUGCAAGUGUCCCAGAGGGUACCACGGCGAUCCCUACCGUAUCUGCACAGCCGAAUGUUCAUCUGACAGCGAAUGCCCCAGCUACAAGCCAGCUUGCGUUUACAACGCAUGUAUAAACCCCUGCACUAACGCGUGCGGUGUUAACGCCGACUGCAACUUGCGCGGACUGACGCCCGUCUGUUCCUGCCCUAAGACCAUGACCGGAGAUCCAUUCACCUUCUGCAGACCUUUCGAAGCGCGUGACCUCUGCGAGCCCAACCCGUGCGGCACCAAUGCGAAAUGCACCCCGGGACACGACCGCACCGGCGCCGAGCGGCCCGUGUGCACGUGCCCCGCCGGGUACAUCGGCAACGCGCUCUCCGCCUGUGAGAAGGGUGAAUGCGAGCUGGAUUCUCAGUGCCCCGAUCACCUGGCGUGCGUGGGCUACCAGUGCGUGGACCCGUGCCUCGGCAACACGCAGUGCGGCUCCGGCGCCGUGUGCAUGGCGCGCCGACACAUCGCCGUCUGCACCUGCCCUGGAGAUCACCAUGGAGAUGCUUUGGUAAACUGCUAUCAGUCUCACUCCGAAGCGGCAUCAACUCGCUACUACAGAUACAAACGGAACGGAAACUUUACUGAGUCCGUAGAGCCUCCGGCAAUCAAAACUGAUCUCCCCAUCGACACUGCCAAAGUUGAAUCGACUGAUAAAGUUGAAUCGACCGCUGAAAAGAAGGAAUGAACAACCUGCAAAACAAUGAAUGUAACGAAUUAAAAAAAUUGAUCCUAUGUUUUAGAUUGUCAAUUAUCUGACUUAAUUUUCUUUAACAUGUGAUCGAUUGAAAUUAAAGAUUUUAAAUAAACUUUUUCAUGACUUA